UGAUGUAAGUGAAGCAAAGCAUUAUUUGGAAGAAAAAGAGGACAAAGUACAUGCUAGCAAAGAAGAACCAGAGAUGAGAGCUGUCAGUCAAAUUGUUGUUCCUGAAAAACAACUAGAAGAGUUGCAUAUCGGUGAGAUAAGUGUAACAUUCAGUGAGCCAUUGUUUGUGAAAGAACUGAAAGAUAUUGAAGCCAAUAUCAACGAAAAAGCUGUAUUUGAAUGCCAAGUUAUAGGUGAACCAAAGCCUGAAAUCAUCUGGUUCAAAAAUGGUGAGAAGCUUUGUGACACUGAAAGAUACAUGUCAUCCUAUGAAACUGAUGGUACAUGUGUGCUUGAAAUUCCUGUUGUUGAAGAGGAUGAUGAAACAGAGUUUGAAUGUCGGGCUGUAAAUCCUGUUGGUGAGAGUUCUACAUAUGCUGAACUAAUUGUGACAGUUGCGACACAUGAAGUUAGAAAAGACAAAAUUGAAACAAUUACAACUACAACUGUAACUAAAACCGUGGUAGAGGAGGUCUUAACCGAAACAACAGUAUCUGAUGCUGAAAUUCAAAUGCCUGUAACUGUCGAAGCACAGCCUUGCAAGCCAGAAAUUAAAUCAGAAUUGACUGAUAUAGAUAUGAAAGUAGGGGAAAGAGUAACAUUAGAAUGUGAAAUAUAUGGUGUUCCACAGCCAAAUGUAGUUUGGCUUAAAGAAGGGGAACCAAUCACAGGCAAAAGAUACACCAGUACUUGUGAUUUAAACAACCAUUUUGCUCUUGAGAUUUUCCCAGUCACUGAAGAUGAUGCUGCGGAAUUUGAAUGUAGGGCAACAAACAAAUUGGGAACUGUAUCUUCAUUCUGUGAGUUAUUUCUUGAAAAACAAAUUGAAAUACCUGAAAAAGAGGUAGUUAAAACAACUGCUGUUGAAGCAUUACCAAAAGUUACAAUGUCGUCAGCUGAUUUGGACAUGCCCAAGACUAUGGAAACAAAACCUUGCCAGCCAGAAAUAAAAGUUAAUAUGCCUGAAGUUGAUGUUAGUGUUGGGAAAAAAGCAUCUUUGGUAUGCUAUGUCAGUGGAACCCCUAGACCAACUGUAACAUGGUUGAAGGAAGGAAAACCUGUCACUGGGGAGAAUUAUACAAGUAGUUUUGAUAUUGAUGGUAAAUGUAUCUUAGAAAUAUCUCAUGUCACGGAUGAUGACAAUGCUAAAUUUGAAUGUCGAGCGGAAAAUGAACUUGGAACUGUGUCUACCACAUGUGAAGUUUUUACUGUAAAGACAGUAGAAAUGCAAGAUCAAGAAAGGGUUUUUACUGAAAAAAUAGAAAUCGCUGAAGACAAAUUAUUAGAGAUUAUCCCUGUACAAACUGAAAGUACACAAAUGGUUAUUGAGGAAGAAACACAAAGAGAUAUUGAGAUGAUAAUCAAAGUGCCUGAGGAAGAACAAAAGCUCACAUUUAUAAGUGAGCUUUCAGAUGUUGAGGCAGUUGAAGGGGAUAUAGUUACACUGGAAUGUGAAAUUAAAGGUCAACCAAGACCAAGUGUUAUGUGGUACAAAGAAGGACAAAUUAUUACAGGAACAAGAUACAUCAGUAUAUGUGAAUUAAGUGGAAAGUGCAUGCUAGUCAUCAAUCCUUUGACUGAUGAUGAUGAUGCAGAGUUUGAAUGUCGUGCUACUAAUAAAUUUGGCACAGUUUCCUCUUUUUGUGAAAUUUAUGUCAAGAAACUUGUUGAGUUACCAAAACAGGACUCAACACAGAAAAAGGUAUCACUGGUUAUGCCCGAGUCAGACACAGCUCUAGUGUUUCAAGGUGUUGAAGGUAUUGAUGAACCAUAUGUGCAGUUGAUUAAAAUACCAACUGAAGAAGAUGCAGCACCUUGGGAGGAUGUAGUUGUUGAUGUGCAAGUACAAAAACCUGCUGCUGCAGAAGAGACCUCUACAUCAGCAUUAACAGUUUCACAAUUGUGUGAAUCCCUAGCUUGGGAGGAACCUGUAGAUAUGCCCAAAUCGGAUGAACCACAGAAGAAACAGGCUGUUGAAGAAUCACUUGUUAAGCCUUCUGAAAUACCUGCUGCUGAGGAACCCAUUUUUUGGGAGAGACUUCAAGAUGACAAAAAAUCUGUGCCAACAACAGAAAAAGUUGAGGAAAGUACACCUGAUAAAAUAACAGUCAUAGCUCUUCAAAGUGAAGAAUCAGUUCCUUGGGAAAAUCUUGGUUUGAAGGAAGAAGAUUUAGCAAAACCUGAAAAAUUGGAAGAAAUACCAUCAGAGUCUCUUUCUCUUCCUCAGUUAGCAGAGUCAUUGACAUGGGAAGAAACUGAAGAAAUAACCAGGCCAAUAAAAGCUGUGAGAGAGGAAGCUGUUAGUGAAACAUUAAUAGCUCCUUCAGCAAUCCCUGCCGCAGAAGAAACAGUUUCUUGGGAGAAACUUGAAGAGUCUGAAAAACCAAUUGUGAAAACAGAGAAACUGGCGGAAAAAGUGCCAGAAAGAAUGUCAGUUGUAGCAGUGCAACAAGAAGAAGCUGUAUCAUGGGAAAAACUUGACUUCCAAAAAGAAUCUCUGACAAAGCCAGAACGACCAGAAGAACUUGCAUCAGAACCCCUUCCAAUCCCACAACUAGCAGAGUCACUUGCAUGGGAAGAGACAGAGGAAAUUGUUAAAUCUGUCCCAGCCUCAAAUAAGGCUAUUGAAGAAAUUCAGAUCAAGCCGACAGAUAUACCGGCUACUGAGGAGCAUGUGUCAUGGGAAAAACUUGAAGAUGUUGAAAAGCCAUCUUUGAUACUAGAGAAAUUAGAUAAAACAUCAGUAAUGAUACCAGUAGAAGUAUCUCAGAAAGAGCAAGCUGUCCCAUGGGAAGAGGUUAAGGAUAUUCAAGUGUCAAUGGCAACAAAGGAUGUGCAUGUACAAGAGACCUCUACAUCAGCAUUAACAGUUUCACAAUUGUGUGAAUCCCUAGCUUGGGAGGAACCCGAAGAUAUGCCCAAAUCUGGUGAACCACAGAAGAAACAGGCUGUUGAAGAAUCACUUGUUAAGCCUUCUGAAAUACCUGCCGCUGAGGAACCCAUUUUUUGGGAGAGACUUCAAGAUGACAACAAAUCUGUGCUAACAACAGAAAAAGUUGAGGAAAGUACACCUGAUAAAAUAACAGUCAUAGCUCUUCAAAGUGAAGAAUCAGUUCCUUGGGAAAAUCUUGGCUUGAAGGAAGAAGAUUUAGCAAAACCUGAAAAAUCUGAAGAAAUGCCAUCAGAGUCUCUUUCUCUUCCUCAAUUAGCAGAGUCAUUGACAUGGGAAGAAACUGAAGAAAUAUCCAGGCCAAUAAAAGCCGAGAGAGAGGAAGCUGUUAGUGAAACAUUAAUAGCUCCUUCAGCAAUCCCUGCAGCAGAAGAAACAGUUUCUUGGGAGAAACUGGAAGAGUCUGAAAAACCAAUUGUGAAAAUAGAGAAACUGGCGGAAAAAGUGUCAGAAAAAAUGUCAGUUGUAGCAUUGCAACAAGAAGAAGCUGUAUCAUGGGAAAAACUUGACUUCCAAAAAGAAUCUAUGACAAAGCCAGAACGACCUGAAGAACUUGCAUCUGAACCACUUCCAAUUCCACAGCUAGCAGAGUCACUAGCAUGGGAAGAGACAGAGGAAAUUGUUAAACCUGUCCCAGCCUCAAAGGAGGCUAUUGAAGAAAUUCAGAUCAAGCCAACUGAAAUACCUGCUUCUGAAGAGCAUGUGUCAUGGGAGAAACUUGAAGAUGUUGAAAAGCCGUCUUUGAUACCAGAGAAAUUGGAUAAAACAUCAGUAAUGAUACCAGUAGAAGUAUCUCAGAAAGAACAAGCUGUUCCAUGGGAAGAGGUUAAGGAUAUUGAAGUGUCAGUGGCAACAAAGGAAAUUGUAGAACUAAGAGAUGUUGAAAUAGUAUUUCAAGUACAUGAUGAUACAGAGAAAGUGGAAACAAUCAAACCAAAUGUUUUAACUGAACUGAAAGAUGUCGAGGCUGUUGAAGGUCAAACUGUAACUCUGGAAUGUAACAUUCAAGGAACACCAAGGCCAGUCAUUAUGUGGUAUAAACAAGGACAGCAAAUAACUGGAACAAGAUACACCAGUAUUUGUGAGAUGGACGGAAAAUGUUUGUUGCUCAUUCAUCCUUUGACUGCUGAUGAUGAUGCGGAAUUUGAAUGUCGAGCGAGAAAUGAGUUAGGGACUGUUUCUUCGUUUUGUGAAAUAUAUGUUGAGAAACUUGUUGAAAUUCCAAAGAAAGAAGAAACACUGACAAAGGUAUCAGUUGUCAUGGCAGAAACUGUACCCAGCCCAAUUUUGGAAGAUGUUCAUGCGAUUGGUGAAACUGCUAUGAUGUCUCUGAGGUUACCUACUGAAGAAGAAGGUGUGGCGUGGGAUAAAUUGGAUAUUGAUCUGAGUGAAAUUCAAAAACCAGCUGCUGCUGAAGAGACUACUACAUCGGCACUGACAGUUUCACAAUUGUGUGAAUCUCUAGCAUGGGAGGAACCUAAAGAUAUGCCCAAAUCUGAUGAACCACAGAAGAAACAGGCUGUUGAAGAAUCACUUGUUAAGCCUUCUGAAAUACCUACCGCUGAGGAACCCAUUUUUUGGGAGAGACUUCAAGAUGACACAAAAUCUGUGCCAACAACAGAAAAAGUUGAGGAAAGUACACCUGAUAAAAUAACAGUUAUAGCUCUUCAAAGUGAACAAUUAGUUCCUUGGGAAAAUCUUGGUUUGAAGGAAGAAGAUUUAGCAAAACCUGAAAAAUCGGAAGAAAUACCAUCAGAGUCUCUUUCUCUUCCUCAACUAGCAGAGUCAUUGGCAUGGGAAGAAACUGGAGAAAUAACCAGGCCAAUAAAACCUGAGAUAGAGGAAGCUGUUAGUGAAACAUUAAUAGCUCCUUCAGCAAUCCCUGCAGCAGAAGAAACAGUUUCUUGGGAGAAACUGGAAGAGUCUGAAAAACCAAUUGUGAAAAUAGAGAAACUGGCAGAAAAAGUGUCAGAAAAAAUGUCAGUUGUAGCAUUGCAACAAGAAGAAGCUGUAUCAUGGGAAAAACUUGACUUCCAAAAAGAAUCUCUGACAAAGCCAGAACGACCUGAAGAACUUGCAUCUGAACCACUUCCACUCCCUCAGCUAACAGAGUCACUAGCAUGGGAAGAGACAGAGGAAAUUGUUAAACCUGUCCCAGCCUCAAAGGAGGCUAUUGAAGAAAUUCAGAUCAAGCCAACUGAAAUACCUGCUUCUGAAGAGCAUGUGUCAUGGGAGAAACUUGAAGAUGUUGAAAAGCCGUCUUUGAUACCAGAGAAAUUGGAUAAAACAUCAGUAAUGAUACCAGUAGAAGUAUCUCAGAAAGAACAAGCUGUUCCAUGGGAAGAGGUUAAGGAUAUUGAAGUGUCAGUGGCAACAAAGGAAAUUGUAGAACUAAGAGAUGUUGAAAUAGUAUUUCAAGUACAUGAUGAUACAGAGAAAGUGGAAACAAUCAAACCAAUUGUUUUAACUGAACUGAAAGAUGUCGAGGCUGUUGAAGGUCAAACUGUAACUCUGGAAUGUAACAUUCAAGGAACACCAAGGCCAGUCAUUAUGUGGUAUAAACAAGGACAGCAAAUAACUGGAACAAGAUACACCAGCAUUUGUGAGAUGGACGGAAAAUGUUUGUUGCUCAUUAAUCCUUUGACCGAUGAUGACGAUGCAGAAUUUGAAUGUCGAGCUACAAAUGAGUUAGGGACUGUUUCUUCUUUUGUGAAAUAUAUGUUGAGAAACUUGUUGAAAUUCCAAAGAAAGAAGAAACACUGA